CCCUGUUUCUCUCAGAGUGGUGCUCGGUGGAUAGGAUACAGGUGUUUGCCUGUCAGUUUCAUACUCAGACAGAUUUAUUUUUUGACUAGCUGAUUUUUCUGAAUUUUAUUUGAUUUGCUGACAGCACAGUUGUCAUUUGAAAGAUCGGUAACCUGCAGACCCGUGAGCAAGAUGAACCAACCAACUCGCAUCCUGACAUUGGCCUUGCUGCUCCUGCAGCUGAUGGACAGCACAGAUGCUAAAAUGAGCAUCAUUUCCACUAAACUAGAUUUUAAAGUUGGAGAUGAGAUCUUACUGCUCUGUAAAGCUGGAGCAGAGGGAGAAAUAACAUGGCAAAAGGAUGGGCAGGACAUAGAUGAUGAAGAGCUUGUGAAUAGGUUGGACGAGGCCUCCUCCAAAUUGGUAAUUAACAAGGCUACAAUGCAGGAUGCCGGCAAGUACACCUGCCACUGCGAGUUUGACAGCGGACAUAAAGAUGAUGUUCAGAUACAGCUGUUUGUUUAUGAUGGGCCAUCAUUUGGAAGCACUAAGACCUACCAUGAGUUUCUGGAGGGUACAGAUGGGCUGGUGCCCUGCCUGGUGACUGGACAGCCACAGGUGGAUGUUCAGUGGUUUAGAAACCAGCAAGAAAUCUCUAAUGUGGGAGGGCAUAUGCGUAAGCAGUCUGAUAACGCGCUCCGUAUUGAAAAGGUGAAGAGAGAGGAUGCCGGGACAUAUGUGUGCAGAGCUCAGAUCAGAGGGAGGCCAUUAAUCUUUGUGGAACUCUCUGUUUCUGUUGUUGUCAAUGCUCCUCCGACUGUGAGACUGAGAGAAGAGGUGAAGAAAGUGUUGGCUGGACCUGAAACUAACGUCUCUUUGUUGUGUUUGGUGGAUGGUCUGCCACAACCCAACAUCACCUGGACCAUGCCUGUGGAGUUUAACCCCUCCCGUCAUCACUUCAACUCAGACAGCAGCCAGCUGACUAUACAGUCUGUUGUGAGGGAGGACUUUGGGGAGUACGUCUGCACGGCCACCAACAAGAUUGCUGAGAACAGUGCUACCAUCACGCUUCAUGUCUUUGAGGCCCCGGAGGUGUUUGUCUCGGCAGAGCAGCAGCGUGUGUUGGUGGGUGAGGCUGUAUCUGUGUCCUGUAAUGUGACCGGCCAUCCCCACCCUGAAUUACACUGGCUCAACAAGCAAAAUGGACAAACACUGAGUUCAACUUCAGGCCGUGUCCGAGUGGUGGAUGAUGUGUUGAUGAUCGAUGAGGUGGUGCCCUCUGAUGGUGGAUUGUAUUCCUGCAUGGCCGUCAGUUCUUCUGGAAAUGCAUCAAGAGAUGUCGCCAUAUACACUCAGCCCGGUCCACCUCUCUACCUGUCAGUCUCUGCGGGUUCAGCUUCAGUCCACUUCUCACUGAAAACCACACCUGUGAGUGGAGGAACACCCAUCACAAGUUUUGUCCUGCAGUGGAAAGAAAAACCCACAGAACAGUGGGAGGAGAUCACCGUCCCAGCUACAGAUCCUCUUGUUAUCAACCUCAAGCCGUACACUUCGUACACAGUACGUCUCUCUGCACUGAAUGCAGUGGGACGUGGAAAGUUCUCUGAGACACACAAGGUCCACACACAGGGAAUACAAGGUGAACCCGACAGUCCAGUUCUGUCCUCUGAUGAGAUGAAAAUAGAGGGCAACACCUUCUCUGUGCCUCUUAAACACACAGUAGAUGGUGGCAGCCCUGUGUUGCAGUUUAAUGUUCAAUACAGACAGGAUAAAGAAGAGGCUGAGUGGAAGGAAAUGCAGAUGCCACCUGAUGCUGACUCUGUUUCCCUCAAAGACUUGGCUUUUGGCUCAAACUAUCAGCUGGAAGUCUCAGCAGUCAAUGCCAACGGUUCCUCCAUACCUGCCACAUUCAACUUCACCAUCGCAGAACAGUCUGCCAAGGGCGGCAUGACCAAAGGCGCUGUGGUUGGCAUCGUCAUGAUCAUCUUCCUGGUGGUAUUCAUUGCUGUCGAUGCCACCUGCUGCUACAGAAACCACUGCGGCCUGCUCAUGUGCAUUGCUGUGAAGAUCUUUGGGCAGAAAGUUCCAGGAAUCAAAAAGCUGGAAGAAGGAGGUGAAAAGGGAGAAGUAAAGCUGAAGGGCAUGUCCACUCUGAAAAGCAGUAUGCAACAGGUGGGGGUCCCACUCAAGGAAGGGAAAUGUGACAAGGCCCCACUCACCAAGAAUGAGAAAACCCAACCUGACAGAGACCUGCCCAGCAUCAAUGCAUGAGACAAGGAAACAAAGACAGGAAGAUUUCAUGUACUUUACAGACAACAAAAGAAGAAGUGAAGUAAUGAUAGGUGCCAUGGGAAAGGGCAAACAUUUUAACACUCCGUAGGGGACUGGCUGAUUUUGGCCUGACCCAAACCUCUGAACGGUUUCAGUCAGAGGACAGCGAUUCUUAGUGCAGCCUCUCGUGACAGCACCGUCCUCUCCUCAAGCUUCUAGCUGACCUGAAGGUUGAUACGUGACUGCAGACAGGAGAUUAGCAGAAUUAUUUUUUUGUUACUAUGUCUGCUCCAAUUUACAUUAGUUCAUGAUAAAUGGUCUUUUACAGGGUAAUCCUCAUGUCUGUGGUUUACAGGCUAAAACCAUUGUUGUUACUUUCUAAUUUUACACUUGAUUUAUGAAAAAAAAAUCAUAAAGACACAACAAAGGUUUGCCUUCCACAUUUGAAUGUUACACAGGCGUGAGGACCUAGUUCAUUUUGGUUUUUGUUACUAACUGUUUAUUAUUACUGCACUGUGGCAGCUCUACUAACUUAUGUCUAUGACAAAAUAUCUUAUUAAUAUAACCGAAUAUGACAACUUUACCAUGUGGACCAUUUAAAGGGCAAUAUAUACUAAAGCUACACAUAAUCAACCUUAAUUUAAUGUAUGCUAAUUUGUGUUGAUAUUUAUUGGGGGGUUUAAAAGCCAUACCGUGACUAAAUGAGAAAUGUUGUAAAAAUGAAAAACAUAAUUGGACUUUUUAGCCAGUUUUGUUCUUAAGCACUUUUUAGGAAAAGUUUUGAAGCUCUGCUAGUAUCACUGACCACUUAGGGGACCUUAAAAUGAGAUCCCUCUUUAAAGUACCUGUAAUAAUAGCCAACAUGCAUGAUAUGGUUGCUAGACACAAAACUGAUUAAUGUAACUCAUUUUUGUAUUUAUGACCAAAUUAAUGAUUACAGGAAGCAAGCUGUUCAAAUGACAAUUUAUUUGAAGUAUCUUCGAAUUAUUUUUAUAUUAUAUUUUUCACUGUACAUUCUUGUAAAUACAUGUUACUUCUUUCUCUUUGUGUUUUAUAAAAAACUUUGACUUGGAAAGCAGCUGUAUGUCUCUUUUACUCACCAAAUGAAUGUUUUUCCCUUUUUCCUGGUGUAAUUAUCUCAUACAGUAAAACUAUGAACACA